CCUGUGCUUUAAUUUUUUUUCAGGUUAGCUAACGUUAGCUUAGCGGCUAGCUUCAUAGACAGCUUAUUUAGAAUCACUGGCUAUCUCACGUAGAGAUAAUAAAGACAGGGUGCUUAUUUUACGUCAGUAGUAGGGUGAUAAGUGUAUAAUUUGCACGUAAGUAACGAGGAAAAAAUUACAGAAGCUGUGCAUUAUUGAACACGUUUGUAGUUAUGUUUCAUUUUAUUUUCCGGGCUAACCAAAACGGGGUAUGUUUCAUAUUGUGGCCAAUCACAGCGCGUCACUGAAAACUCCGCCUUUCACAGUAGCACAGACGGAUACGCCGAACACACUUCCGUGUUCCGACAAGACAAAAGUGGUGGCUUAAGGUCGCGUGUGUCUGUGGGCUCGUAAACUGAACAUUCACUGCAUUAGUUUGCCGGUUGGUCCUUUGAAAUGACAUACCGGUGUUUUUCAACCAUGUCUUCCUUUUUAACGUAUUAAAAUUUAACAGCAUGAGCAACCCUUGCUACCUUCGGCUUCGACAAUUACAGGGCCACCUUAACAGACCGAUGUCAGCUUUCAGGCAGCUCUUUUUUUUUGCAUUGACGUCAAGCACAUACAGCACAAAACAGAGGCUUUCUUCAUAUUUCCUAUGCUCGAGUCACAAUAUGGACCGAUAAGUAGACGGUGAUAGGAUUUUAGAGCCUUCUGACUGCGACAGCUCUUCAUUCAUCUCCCCUUACCUCCUGGAACACACUGUCUUCAAGGAUAACUGCAAAACAACCACCGUUGCCAAGAGUGCGGCCCAGGCACGAGCCCACGACCGCAACGUCAGGCACCAUGAUGGAGGGGGGCAUGCAGCUGCUCAACCGUGAUGGCCACAGCAUCUCGCACAACUCAAAGCGCCACUACCACGACUCCUUCGUGUCCAUGAACCGGAUGCGACAGCGUGGCUUGCUAUGCGACAUCGUCCUUCAUGUCUCCAACAAAGAAAUCAAGGCGCACAAAGUGGUGCUGGCGUCCUGCAGUCCAUACUUCCACGCUAUGUUUACCAAUGAGAUGUCUGAGAGCCGUCAGACCCACGUGACCCUUCACGACAUUGACCCUCAGGCUUUGGAGCAGCUGGUCCAGUAUGCCUACACAGCAGAGAUUGUGGUCGGGGAAGGAAAUGUGCAGACACUGCUCCCAGCAGCGAGCCUGUUGCAGCUCAAUGGGGUGCGCGACGCCUGCUGUAAGUUCCUCCUCAGCCAGCUGGACCCCUCAAACUGCCUGGGCAUCCGAGGCUUCGCUGACACACACUCCUGCAGCGACCUGCUCAAGUCAGCACACAAGUAUGUCCUGCAGCACUUUGUGGAGGUGUCCAAGACUGAGGAGUUCAUGCUGCUGCCACUGAAACAGGUCCUAGAUUUGAUUUCCAGUGACAAUCUCAAUGUGCCAUCUGAGGAGGAAGUGUACCGAGCCGUGUUGAGUUGGGUAAAACAUGAUAUAGAUGGACGCAGGCAACAUGUACCUUGGCUGAUGAAGUGCGUGCGGCUGCCAUUGUUGAGGCGAGACUUUCUGAUGAGCAACGUAGACACGGAGCUGCUGGUGCGUCACCACUCGGAGUGCAAAGACCUGCUAAUCGAGGCCCUAAAGUAUCACCUGAUGCCGGAGCAGAGGGGUGUCCUAAGCAACAGCCGGACGCGCCCACGACGCUGUGAAGGCGCCAGCCCUGUGCUCUUCGCCGUUGGUCAGUGUGCAUCUGAAGGUGGUGGCAGCUUGUUUGCCAUCCACGGAGACUGCGAGGCGUACGACACCAGAACAGACCGUUGGCACAUGGUGGCGUCCAUGUCCACUCGGCGGGCACGGGUGGGCGUGGCAGCAAUUGGGAACAGACUAUACGCUGUUGGAGGCUAUGACGGCACCUCUGACCUUGCAACCGUGGAGUCCUACGACCCUAUCACUAACUCCUGGCAACCUGAGGUUUCCAUGGGAACACGACGGAGCUGUCUAGGCGUAGCUGUCCUGCAUGGCCUGCUGUACGCUGCGGGGGGUUACGAUGGAGCUUCCUGUCUCAAUAGUGCGGAGAGGUACGACCCUCUGACCAGUACAUGGACCUCAAUCGCUGCUAUGAGCACUCGUAGGAGAUAUGUUCGAGUAGCAACUCUGGAUGGCAGCUUGUAUGCGGUGGGAGGUUAUGACAGCUCCUCACAUCUCGCAACAGUGGAGAAAUAUGACCCCCAGAGCAACACGUGGACCGCCAUCGCCAACAUGUUGAGCCGACGCAGCAGUGCCGGGGUGGCUGUGCUCGACGGCAUGCUUUACGUCGCAGGAGGCAAUGAUGGCACCAGCUGCCUGAACUCAGUGGAGCGCUUCAACCCCAAGACCAACACCUGGGAAGGAGUUGCCGCCAUGAAUAUACGCAGGAGCACUCAUGACCUGGUGGCAAUGGAUGGCUGGUUAUACGCAGUGGGAGGCAAUGAUGGCAGCUCCAGUCUCAACUCCAUUGAAAAGUACAACCCACGCAGCAAUAAAUGGGUCGCAGCCUCCUGCAUGUUCACACGGCGCAGCAGCGUGGGUGUGGCUGUGCUGGAGCUCCUGAACUUCCCGCCACCUUCCUCGCCCACCCUCUCGGUUUCUUCCACCAGCCUUUGACACGGGGUCAUUGUUUGGCUGACCUCAGCCUCUGCUGCUACAGCCCAGACUGGCUCUGGGAAGAGACGCAACUGCUCUGUUUGAAACAAAGAAGAUGAGGAGGAAGAGCGCUGGUGGUUGGACAGGUAAAUGUGUGGAGGCGAGGGGAACAGAUGGGCUGAGGCCUCGGUGUAGUGUGCUUCAGAAUUAGUGGCAGUUUUGGUGAAGAUUAGUGCACCAGAAUUAAAAAACAAACAAACAUGCUGGUAAUGGAUUUAAAGAUCUAUGUUGUUUUCACUGAUUAUAGGAAACUGUACAGUAUUUCACAAGUAAAUUUUUUAUUAUAUCAACAAAAAGUCCUUUAAAAAAAAUCAACAAAACUUUCAGUUUUGUGCAUUUGCAGCUUCAGAUGCAUUCUUAGCCUCAUUGAUUAUAUUAAUUUGAGGUUGAAUGAACAAAAACUGGGCUUACUGCAUUGCAUGUUCUAAAUUUCCUCUAACAAUCUGGCUGUUUUCAAUAUUCCCCUUAAUUCUGGACUACACUAUAUCUGGCCUUAGUACCUCCACUGUAUAGCCAUAAAGAUACCGGCUCCCUCCCAUAUGUGAACAUUGACCAAUCGUUCUUCAAAGCCCCACUUUUAAAAAUAAAUAAAUAAAUAAAAAUAAAAAAAAUUUCCACCGCUCUGGUGUUUGACACACCUAAAAACACGGUGGUCCCUUAAUUCUGUCGUGUGUGAUGUAAACGUAUUUGGUUUGAUGUUGCGGUCUCGCUGCAAGGUUUUUCUUUCACACCCAGAGGUUUUGCAAUAAUGUAUUUAAAAAAACAAAAGAGAGAGAGAGAAAAGCUGAAUGAUUUAUUUUGGAAUGUAGAUUUUUACUGGUUGUACCAUGCAUGUUUAUGUACUGGCACCAACAAGAUAGGGGGGAAAAAUAUAUAUAUAUUGUAGUGCUGCUUUGCCACACUAGGUGGCAGUAACAGGCAAUGUUGUAAACCCUCACUGCAAGAGCGCAUGGACACCAACAGCAUAGAAAAGCUAGGCCCUCAAAACUGUAAAUGAGUUUGGAUCAAUUUUCUUUUUUUCUUUUUUUAAAGAUAUAAAACAGAGAUGAUAAAGUAUAUGUAUUUAUAAAAAUGUAUAAAUGCUAAUAUAUAUUCUGUUUUAAAUAUGCUUAGGGAGGAAAGGAGAUCCGACCUAUGCCUACUUCAGAGUGUUUUUAAUAUAUUUAUUUAGAUGUGUGAUGUGCAUAUCAUCAGUGGAUAUGACAAAGAAUGUCUAAAGCAUGAGAGGGGUAGAGUUUCUCCUGUUGCAUCUCGAAAUGCGGCCUUCGUUUUGCAUUUCUAAAUAUUUCUUCACUGCCAUAAGCAUGACCGCAUUUGACACUGCAUUUGUGACAGAGGCUUUAAUCGCUCGCAAACCUGCUGACCACUCAAUGAAAGAAAUCUAUACUGUUUUUAAUCCUGCUUCUUGAUCAGUUUUUUCCAAAAAUGUGGAAGUGGAUAUCAUCCUGGAAUUCAGUCAAAGCAGAAAGGUCUAGUUUAGCUUCAGUAUGCCAACACUUGACACUAAUCAGUAAUGUUGUUGACACUUGGUGCUGUCAUAUUCCCUUUUUUAUUACCUCAUCAUAUAACAGCCGUAUGAUUAACCACAAAUAUAAUGUCACUGAACCUGUUGUGGGUGAUUUGGGAAUCUCACCUGCAUGUCUAAAGUAAAUGGACCUGGGUUCAGUUCACGUGUCGUGCAGUGUUAACCUUUCCAAACUUCUGAGAAGUUGCCUUUUUUCCUUAUUUUGAAGGAUUUUUGUUGAACCUUUUUCUGUUUAUCUAAAACAACCUUGCGUUUUAAUUUCUGUGUAAGUGCGGAUGCUCGUAGAGUUGGAGUCGUGAUGGCCUUAUAGAGAAGCUGUGAUGAAGUCGAUACAAGGCAGGGACAGACUUUAAAGACAAAAGGUGCACAAAACCACACAAGACUUUAGCCUCCAUUCUGUGGAUCCAAAUGUACAUAGAAAGAUUGCUUAAGAUAUCUUACAUCUGUUUGUGCAAUUUUAAUGUGACUGUAGCUUCUUUUUUUUUUUUAAAAAAGUUUGUGUUAAAUGUGGUGAUAUUUAUUUAUGGUAUGUUUCUUAUUUAUGAUGGACUUUAAAAUGUUGGAUUUUGCACUGUUGCCAAAUGGAGCAAUACUAUACACUUUAAAAAAUGAAUAAACAUGUUUUCAAAGGUGAAAA